AUGCCGCAAACUCCAGUCAAGAAGGGCCCUGAACUCACUAUCCAUUUGGAUCGUCCGGAUUCAACAUACAUUCCUGGAGAAGUGAUUACGGGCCACAUAUCUCGAACAACUCACAUCGUCGCUUCGUUGGCAACUGUCAGUAUCUCGCUGCAUGCUCGAAAUGUAUCUGCACUACAGCCCUUGGCACCGCCGGAUCAGACUUAUCUUACCGCAGAUGCAUCGGAACAACGUCUUCCACCAACAUGCCUGAUCGAGCGGUACGACUAUAUGUCUGGAAUGUCAGCGUUCGUUGAGUAUUUCCUGCAGGCGGAGCUGAAGACGGCUGCAAGAGGCUCUGGCACUGCUGAAGCAAUACUACCAUUCAGGAUGCUGUAUAUCAACACGGAGUCUUUGCCAGCUCACACAGACCGUCAUACGGCACGCCAAACACUCGCUCUCCAAGGCGAUAAUCCUUUGGUGGCCAGCGUUGAGGUUCAGACACCGACAACACUGCAGAUUGAAGCUCCAGAUCCCAUGUUAUUCUUGGUCCAUGCAGUUCCACCUCAAGGCUUCGAUCUUGAGAAACAAAAGCCCGGUCUUCCUUCAAUUCAGAUAACCCGAAUCUUCCUGAAUGUUGUCGCAAAGACGGAGAUCAAGUGUCCAAAGGGGAAGAAUGUUCAUGAGACAGACUGCGAGGCUCGGGUGACACUGCAUGCGGAAGAUGCCUUUAUUCAGUGUGACGAAGACUUGUAUGUCCCAUGGCAAAGACCAUCCACGGAUACUCAGCCGUUGCAAGAAAGUGGCUCAGGAUCUGAGAUGAGACCAUUAGAGAGUCUUGACAUUGGGGCGCAACUGAACCUUCGUCUGCAGCGAAGUAAAGACCUAUACCCAUCCUUCCAAACAUUCAACAUUCGACAUACGCACCGCAUCCAAUGGGAGAUGACAGUAGAGGCUGCCGGCAAAAGCUUUGAGCUUUCUGGUGAUGAACCAAUCAAGGUUCUCAGCAGGCCUGAGGCAGAGCGGAAUACGGAAUGGAUCCAACCACCGCCAGAAGAUCACCUGCCGAGCUUUUCUGAUGACGAGGACGUGGCCGGAUCAGGUUCUAGACGUAGCAGCCGCCAGAAAGAUCCAGCAGCCGGUGUGGGUGGCCUGUCACGGCUUUGGGUGUUUUGA